CCGAGCUCGUCCAAAGUCUCUCACGCCGUCGCUUGGGCUCGGAGCACAUGGCAGUUAACUUUGACCACUUUCAAAUAUUGCGGGCUAUUGGGAAAGGGAGUUUUGGAAAGGUGUGCAUUGUACAGAAGAGAGACACCAAGAAAAUGUAUGCAAUGAAAUAUAUGAAUAAACAGAAGUGUAUUGAGAGAGAUGAAGUUCGAAAUGUUUUUCGGGAGCUACAGAUAAUGCAAGGCCUGGAGCAUCCCUUCCUAGUCAAUCUAUGGUACUCCUUUCAAGAUGAAGAAGACAUGUUCAUGGUGGUUGAUCUCUUACUCGGAGGUGAUCUGCGUUACCAUUUGCAGCAGAAUGUACACUUUAAUGAAGGAACUGUUAAGCUGUACAUUUGUGAGCUGGCACUUUCCUUGGAUUAUUUGCAGAGAUAUCACAUCAUUCACAGGGACAUCAAACCUGACAACAUACUACUGGAUGAGCAUGGACAUGUUCAUAUCACUGACUUUAACAUAGCAACUAUAGUGAAAGGCUCAGAAAAAGCUUCUUCUAUGGCUGGAACAAAGCCCUAUAUGGCUCCGGAAGUGUUCCAGGCCUUUAUGGAUGGAGGUCCAGGAUACUCAUAUCCAGUAGACUGGUGGUCGCUAGGAAUUACAGCAUAUGAAUUACUGAGGGGUUGGAGGCCCUAUGAAAUUCAUUCAGCCACGCCCAUUGAUGAGAUACUCAACAUGUUCAAGAUAGAAAGAGUUCAUUACUCAUCUGCAUGGUGCAAGGGCAUGAUAGCACUGCUGAAAAAGCUCCUCACUAAGGAUCCAGAGUGCCGUCUUUCAAGCCUUGCUGACAUCCAAAGCUCUCCAUACCUAGCUGAUGUCAACUGGGAUGCUGUUCUAGAGAAAGCUGUGACCCCAGGCUUUGUUCCUAAUAAAGGAAGACUGAACUGUGAUCCUACCUUUGAACUUGAAGAAAUGAUUUUAGAGUCCAAGCCUCUCCAUAAAAAGAAAAAGCGACUUGCCAAAAACAAAUCCAAAGAUGGAGCUAAGGAAACCUGCCCUCUGAACGUACACCUGCAGCAGUGCUUGGAAACCGUUAGGAAAGAAUUCAUCAUAUUCAACAGAGAGAAAUUGAGAAGACAGCAUGAUCAAAAUGAACAGACUUCCAGCAUGGACAGCAGAGCAUCCCUUCAGAGCCACGAGAAACUCCAAGAUGGACGUAACAACAAUUUGCUGGGACACGGCUGCACAAGAGGCUGCAGCAGCUAGUAAGCUACGGCCCUGCAUACACUUCCACCCUGGCAGGGUGAGGAAAGGUCCUCUCUGCCCAUGCUUUCAUCUUUACCCCUCGGAUCCCAGGACAUCUGACUCCUCCAAAAGCAGAUUCCCCAGCCAAGGACAAAGCCACAGAGCACACUGGCUGAGACUUUCCACAUACAACCCUACUCUUCUUUAGAUUCUGCCACUGGAAAAAUGACCAUCAGCAACAAAAUACAGUUUUAUAAGUAAGCGAGACUUUACUUUUCAAAAUCCUGGAAGAAAACUUGAAACAAUUCAUUAGGCAGCCUCUCAAAGAUUGCCAUGUUUCUGGCUACUUGCAAGAGACAAAGUUAUAUUGGGGCCAGCUUUAUCUUGAAGGCUUUACAUUGCUCCCUCUUGUCUCCAUUAAUUAAAAUGGUCCAGUUUGGAAUUUUGUGAAACUGCUAGACACAGCUGUUUCUGAGAACCUGCUGUUGAGUUUAUAACAGAUGUAUAUGAUAUAAAUACGUAAAUGUAGUGUCAAAUAGGCCAAACACUGAAUAAUUUCAUUUAAAUACUCGAAGCCCAUUGGAAAAGUUGCAGCGUGAAUGUAUUCACAUUGUUCUUUAACUUUAUACAUUCUGCUUUGUAGUAAAAGAUGUGACCCUGGCCAAGUCAAAGUUUUGCUAGUGACUUUAGUGGAUGCAGGAUCAGACACAUUAGUAGUGUACGAUAACCAUGACAAAGACCUUUUUAUUCAUAACAAUGGCUGACUGAGCCAGAGUUGAAAAGCAGCUUAGUAAAGAGAGCUAGAAGCAUUAAGACUUUGCUCAGAUCCAUAGUUAGAUGUUAUAAAAUGUGAAGUUACAUGUGUCUGUGUUUUCAUGGAUCUAUUCUGGAUGAGAACUAUCUUGAAUAGAAAGAAACAUACUUUGUGCAAAGUAUGACAUAUUAUCCAAAGCUGACAUGAAAGCCUUUUUUUUUUUUUUUUUUUUUUUUUUUUAUUUAUGGUAUUUUACAACUUGUACAUCCACAUUUUGAUAAUAAAUGCAUGCUUGUUCUGUCUUUUUGUGCUUUUAUUUUUAAGGGUUACUAUCUGUAGCAAAUCUCAUUUUAACUUUUAAACACAAAUAAGUUAGGUCUUUGGAAGUGAAAACCAUUUAAUUUGUAAAUAUUUUAAUGGCAUUGUUUCCAUUCUAUCUUUUACAAAACAAAGUUCUUUGUAAUUGUAUCUAUUUUAAAAUUUGGUUUCACAUUAUAUGUAAUUUUUGUCACAAUUUUUUCACAAAAUACAGAUUUUUAUCACUCCAUGAAAUGAUAUGGUUUUCCUAUUAACAACAGAGCAGUUUACAAAUGUACUAAGGUAAAGAUUUUACAUUUGUCGUAAGCAUGGUGUUGGUCUGUUUGCUUAAUGUGGACAUAGACUAAAAUAAUUAUAUGACCAAGCAAAGGACCAGAGUUUCUCUGGUCAUGAGAUGACAGAUUUCAUUGCCCAGAAUAAACUACUUCAUGUCCAUCCCUUUUUUUUUUUGCUUAAUAUUGGUUUCACUUGGGAAGGACCAAAGUGGAUAAUAUUUCACAUAAUUUCUGGAAAUGCCUAUUGUUCUGUUCCAAUCAAGAUGCAUUAUGAUCCUGAUCUUCAUCUUGGAAAGAAAUGAAAGGUUUUAUUCACUCCAAUAGUCCUACAGAAAUUAAUGGUACUACUCAUAACUAAAUUCUUGCAGGAUCCAUGAUGUAUAAGGUAAUAUAGAUUACAGCCAUGGAGUUUUUGGAAGCAGGGCCAGUAACUUAUUAGGAUUUUUCAUGCAAAAAUUUUCCAAUUUGAAAAAAAAUCGGGAAAAAAAGGCAAUUGCACAUUUUCUUUUUUUCUAUGAUCGCAGUUGUUUUGGGCAAGAAGAGUUAUAGUGGGUGAUCUCGUACAAUAUCAACCACAUAGGAUGCAACUAUACUAGCACCUUAAUUUAGUCUGGGAAGGCAUUUCUGAAUUUAAUGUCUCAACUGUACAGCCCUACUGCUGUUGGUUCAUAUUGUAGCACCCAAACCUGAUGCUUUUUGGAUGAUACAAAACUAGAAGACGGCUCCAAGAGAGCACUUAGUGCCAUCCGCCCAGGCUUGGGCCUGUAGACCACAGGAACAGGUGAGAGCAAAUCUGAAAUUAAACUACCCCAAAUAUGUGUCAUGUGGAUGUCAGCUCUGCGUUGCCAACCGCUCUGCUUUGCUGCACACCUCCUGUUAGGCUGCACUGCCUGAUAAUCCACACACAGUCACCAAGAAGCCUGGAUUUAUAGAAUGAAAAGUUUAUAGAAUGAGAAGUUUAUAGAAUGAAAGAUCCACAGCAUUUAGAGUGUAACAAGUUCAUCAACAAUUGUAUUAAAAAUUGAGGGAGUUUCCUGCAGAAAGAAUUUAAUUAGCAGCAGGAUUCUAUCAAACGUUUGCAGUCUGAUCUGGCUGUCUGCUGAGUAUUUUUGACAAAGCCAUUUUUGAGAGAAGCCUGGUUGUUCCAUAGAUUACAUCUAUUUAAAUAUGUUUGCACAGAGUAUUGUGCAUGAAUGCAAGUUCAGUCAGACACUUUAAUUUCACAUUUGUUGCCACAGAAUCAUUUCUCGAACAACUCUACUGUUUGCAAAAAAAAUAACCAUCAUGGCACCAAUCAGCUUUAUCACGAGUGCAUGGCACUUCCCCUGACUGCAAGCUGAAUCUUAUGCUGCAUAUAAUUAUCUUUGUCUAUUUAUUACACAGGUCAGAGAAUUCCCUCAGCUAUACUGCAGGAAUCACAGAAUCAUAGAAUAGUUUGGGUUGGAAGGGACAUUUAAAGGCCAUCUAGUUCACUCACCCUGCAAUGAGCAGGGACAUCUUCAACUAGAUCAGGUUGCUCAGAGCCCUGUCCAACCUGAUGUUGGAUGUUUCCAGGGCUGGGGCAUCUACCACCUCUCUGGGCAACCUAUACUCUUAGUUAAUCCUUCUUCUUGAUCAACAUAGCUGUAAGAAACUGGCCUGUCAUGGGACAUCCUAAUAAUGGUGCAGAAGGAGAGAUGUCAUUCUGUAUAGUAUGUGCUUUGUGAGGACAGAACAAGUACUACAAGUCACACAGCCUGAGAAGUGCUUGGCUGGGACUUGUCUAGCUUUAGACAUAAGAAAAAUGUACAUACCUGCAGCUGAGUUUGCAAGAUGCAGACUCAAAAAUAAAGAGGAAAAAAAAGGAAAAAGUUUCUUUUAGGAUAUGGUGCACUUGCUCUGUCUUGAUUGUCUAUUUUAGCAGAUGGUUCUCCCUGUAGCUCUGCCUCCAUGGAGUAUAAUGUAAGUUUACACAGCUCAGAUGUGGACAUGCACAUUGUGUGCUGUCAUUUAGUCAGAUAAAUCUUGCUAGUGAUGGCACAGACAAUUUAUGGAGAUGCAGGCUAAUCCUUAUGAAAAAAUGGCAAUAUUUCUGAUCACUUCAACA